CGAUUGAGGUACAAAAUCGUGUUGAAAUUGCGUAUGAGACACGCACUUAUUGGGCUCGCUCUGAACUUGUUUUGUGCGCCAUGCGUAUUGGAUAUCAGAUAAUGUUCGUCAUUUAAAGUGCAGUGCUCGGGCCGGGUGGUGGAAGACGAUUAUUUCCGGGGCGAUUACUGUUUUAAAAGUUUGGCGCAGGAUAUUCCAUUGACCAAUAAAAAAAUGACAAAAUGGUCCCAGUAAACAGUACACAACUUGUGCCAUCCGAGGCCUCCUGCAGUGCAGACGAUAGGAUGAUACUCUGCAUAAUCCGUGACAUCACCAACCCACAGUGGAACAGCUGUAAGAUCACGGUCACCCUGCCGAUACGCACAACUACCCGUGACCUGUGCGACGAAGUCGCCAAACAAGCCAAUUACGAACCCGAUACGUUCAACUUGGUCUGGCAGCGGAGCGGUGCCGAUGGUACCGACGAUGUUUUAAUGAAUGAUCGCGGGACGCAAACCCUCGGAGAAGCUGGCCUUCUCCCCGACCGAAAGAAGAACUUAUUUCAGAUUCAGGACAAGGAAGGUGUCCAGCCUGUGCCCAUCAAUGCUGGUGCGACAGGGAUCACCGUCACCAACGGCGAUGACAACUUUGCUGCCAUGGCAACGGCAGCGUCAUCAGCUCGCAAUGACGGGGAGGACACCCAGCCACUCAUUACAGCGCCCUCUGUUGACACCUGCGCCACCUUCACCGACUACAGCUACAGUUCGUACGCUUCGGCAGUCACAGCCAAAUCUGAGUCAGGUUAUGUCGGCUUGAUCAACCAAGCAAUGACGUGUUAUCUCAACAGUCUGCUGCAGACCCUUUACAUGACACCGGAAUUCCGAAACGCCUUAUACAAAUGGUGUUUUGACGAGUCCGUUGAAGAUCCCACCAAGAGCAUCCCAUACCAGCUGCAGCGACUGUUUGUGCAGCUCCAGACGAGCACCAAGCGAUCCAUUGAGACCUACGACGUCACACGAAGCUUUGGAUGGGACAGCAAUGAAGCUUGGCACCAGCAUGACGUGCAGGAGCUAUGCCGUGUCAUGUUUGAUGCUCUGGAGACCAAGUUUAAGAACACCGAGAACGAGGAUCUCAUCAACAGACUGUAUCAGGGCCAGAUGAAGGACUAUGUCAAGUGCCUGGAGUGUGGACAUGAGAGUGCGAGGAAGGAUAGUUUCCUGGACAUCCCCCUCGUCAUCAGACCGUUUGGCUCAACGAAAACAUACGGGAGUGUGCAAGAGGCACUGCAGGCCUUCAUCACACCAGAGACCCUGAAUGACACAAACCAAUAUUUCUGUGAGCACUGCAACAAGAAAUGCGACGCUCACAAGGGGCUGAAGUUUCAAUCCUUCCCCUACGUCCUGACCUUUCAACUCAAGCGAUUUGACUUCGACUACUCCACCUAUACCAGGCACAAACUAAACGACAAGGUCACCUUUCCUGAAUUGCUCAACAUGAACACGUUUUUGGAAGACGAAAAACAGGAAGAAGACGAGACCGAUGUCCAAUCAGACAGGGAGGCUGAUGAUUUUGAAAGCCCAAGCAUUCUCGCCGGCCCCGGCCAGAAUCACAGCCCGGACGAUACCGUGGAUGAAGGCAUCGACGUGGAGCAAGCCGCCCAGGUGACCACGCCCAGCAAAUCGCAGCCCGCCGCCACGCCCUACCUGUACGAGCUGUUCUCUAUCAUGGUGCAUUCUGGGACGGCAAAUGGUGGACAUUACUAUGCAUACAUCAAAUCUUUCAGUGACGGGCGCUGGUACUGCUUCAAUGAUACGAGCGUGACGCGCUCCACGCAAGAUGACAUACGGCGGACGUACGGUAUCGAGGCCUUGCCUGGCCGAAGCGCCCCCAACAGCACGCUACCCAACGCUUACAUGCUGAUGUACAGACGGGUGGAGCCGAACAAGAAUGCAAAUUUUACAACCGUUGAACAGUUCCCAUCACACAUCAAGGAGCUGAAGGCAAGACUACAGAGUGAAGAGGAAGAAGAAAGGAGACAGAGAGAGAUUGAUAGAAACACUUGCAAGAUCAAGUUAUUUGGUGUUCAUCCGUUAACUGGGAAGUCAGUGGAAGCAAGACUAGAGGUCCACAAAGAUAAGACGCUCAGAGAGGCCACGGAGAUGGCACACAAGCUCUUGUGUUAUGACAAGCACACCCCCUUAGAAUGCUGCCGGCUCGUCAAGUACGACGAAUUCCACGAGUCCCUGGAGAGGUCGUACGAGGGGGAGGAAGAGACGCCCAUGGGGACCCUACUCUGCGGCGUCAAGACCACCUACAUGUUUGACUUGCUGCUGGAAACCAGGAGAGAGGAUCAAGAGUUUGUUGUCUACAGACCCGGGGGAGUCACCAACAAGCUGUUUGUGGUGGAUCUUGAGGCAGAGACCAUCGCCAAUCCUAUCAGCUUGAGGUCCUACGUCAACACGACCAUCCAGGACUUCAAAACCCAGAUUGCAGAGGUUACAGGCCUCAAAGUGGAAACAAUGCGAGUUGUUUGGGAGAAAUACUACAAUGACCUGAAGCCGCUGGUCAGCGGACACAAGACGCUGAAAAACGAAGGCUUCUUAAAAAGCAAUAAGGUUUUUGUUGAGAGCAGCAAUAUUGAAGACAAACGGGUCCCUUUUAUGGAUUCAAAACUCUAUCAACUGCUGGACAGAAAUGCAAAUACGAUAAGACUACAGGUGACUCUACCACUAUUCUAUCAAGACGAGUUCAAGCCACCAAAAAGCAACAGCAACAGUGUGUCGCCUUGCCCCUCCCUCACCUCCUCAACAGAUGAGAAAUACAACGAUCUCCAACUGGAGACGGACAUUGCCAUGAACACGGCGCCCACCCCUAGCCCCACGGGCAGCUCCUCGACGCUCAGUGACGACCACCCGCUGGACAAGAACAGCGCCAACCUUCUCGGCAGCGAAACAGAUAGUGGUGUGGUGUCGCUGAACGACGGCCGGACCCACGACGAUCUGAGCGGCGACAAUGACGGCAACAGCGGCGAGCUGCGCGGCAGCCCCGAGGGCGCUGUUGAUGGAGAUGCCAGUCCCGCUAACCCGACGAGGUCGGAGGACGUCGGAGAUGUUCACAUUCCAGAAAGAGACGUGCAAUCACAAAGCGGAACCGUUGACGCGACGUCCGACCCAUGCUGGUGCGAGGGGAGAGGCUGCGGCGACUGCAGCAAACUCCAGCGGGGGAACUCGGACCAAAGCUCAGGUGCGGUCUCCUCCCCGCUCUCACCCCUGUCCUCCAUCAGCUCCCCGAUGACCACCACGUCGGACAACAAAUCGGGUAGCAUACCCAGUGAUACGGACCCAGGGGCAGGGGGUGAGACCCGGGGCAGUGUGAUCAAGUACGAAGACCCCAACGAAGACUCUGAGGAUGAGAUUUACGAAAACACCCGGCACACGAAAAUGUCAAACUGGUACUUCAAGGCGGAGCCCAUACAGACGGUUGACAAUUCAAGAUUAAUGCCUGUGUAUGUGGAUAAACGGAUGUCUCUAGCAGUCUUCAAGAAGGCACUGGAACCCUAUGUUGGGACAGAAUCACAGAAUUUCAAGGUCUACAGGGUUUAUGCCAACAAUCAGGAGUUUGAGAGUAUCCGACUGACGGAGACGUUGCAGUCUUACAGUGAGGACAGCCGAGUGGUGGUCAAACUGGGCCGAGCUCUGAAGAAAGGAGAGUACAGAGUCAAGAUCUACCAGCUCAGCGCCAACAGCUCAGAGCCCUGCAAGUAUCUCUUUGAUUGGGUCUUUGCCAAGGGCAUGUCUGUCCAGCAAUCCAAGACGGAGCUCCUGCCCGAGCUGAAGGCCAAGUGUCUGAUAGACGUGCCCCUCAACAGGCUGAGACUGCGGAAGAAAGCCUGGAAGAACCCAGGUGCCAUCUAUGCCGACACUCAGCUGUACGAAGAAGACAUCCCCAUCUUCACCAACUGGGAGGUCUUCGUCGAGAUUCUGGACUGCCCAGAGCCGGUCACUGACCCGAAUCAUCUGGAGUUGUUUGUCAGAAGAUGGCGGCCCUCGGAGUUCAAGCUGGACCCUUUCGAAGAGAUCAUCCUCACGGAUUGCACUGUCGAUGACCUCAAGAAAGAGCUAUCUAGUCGAAGCGGCAUCAGCCAAGAGAACGUCUGUUUUGCCAAAGGCAAAGGGACUUUCCCCUGUGAAGUCUCGCUGCUUGAGAUGCAGACGGAUUUGGAAUGGAACCCCAACGUGACAUCCCUCAACUCAUGGCCACUGUAUAUCAGUGAUGACGGUGCAGUUGUCUACUACUGCGACGGAUCAGAAGAUCUCAAAGAACUCACCGAGGAAGAAAAACAGGACAUCCAGAAGAAGGAGAACUCCCGUUUGGAGAAGACGAGCCAGAAGCCAAACUACCCCUCCCCACGCAAAGAGCGGGCCCUCAAGAUCUACACGGACCUGUCCAAUUCAACGUGAAGUACAGAUGAGUCUCAAUAAUCCAGGCAAUCCGGGUGACAGACUACCUCUCAUACAUAGCACAGAAAGGGAUACGGAUCAGGGAUCUAGACUUCAAACAAGACAUGGCAAUACGCAGGUUUCGUUUCACUUCUUAACCAGUGUUGGCCCAUUAUACUUACAUUUGUAACUCUUUAGUCACCCAGUCUAGUAUUAGUGCCCGAAACUGCUCGAGCACUCUAUGAUUUUAUGAAUUCGUCUGUGAAUAAACACAAUGUAAUACAAUGUAGUACAUUUCCUAAUGUGUUAAAUAAGGGAAUAAAUGUUUGCUUGGCCGGUUUCAAACAAGUACGUUUAAAACCGGCUCAGGAGCCUGGAUGCUGGACAUAUCGGCGACCAGACCCAGAGCCGGUUUUAAAUGUACUUGUUUAAUACCAGCCAAGCACAUAUUUAUUCCCAUUCAUAAAUAUCAGCGAGUCAAAAAGUCAACCCAAGUCAAAAUUUAUAAAUUUCCAACGAUUUUGUUCAGCAAUUUUACUUCAUGUUUUUGUAAACACCCCUCUA